AUGCUCACGCAAUCCCAACGUGUGUUUGGUCUAACACGGCGGACAGCCUUCAACUUUGUCAGGCACGUGUCCAAGUAUCCACCGACCAUCGAUUUGGACGGAAAGCUGUACAAAACAGACGAAUGGACCAAUGUUCCACCUCAGAUCUUGAGUCUUACCGAAAGACAGCUUCACCAAGAUCCAAACCAUCCAAUCGGAAUUCUCCGUGACCUAAUAGAGAAGAACUUCCGAGGUUUGGGCUAUACUUUCUACAACAACUUCCGUCCAACUGUGACUACUUUCCAGAACUUUGAUGUUCUUGGGUUCCCACAAGAUCACCCUGGCCGGUCCAAGCUGGACACGUACUACUUGAACAAAGAGCACCUUUUGAGAACACACACGUCUGCACACGAGCAUGAGUGUUUCCAAGAAUGUGAGACUCCGGGAUACUUCAUCACGGCGGAUGUCUAUAGAAGAGACGAAAUCGAUAGAACACACUAUCCGGCUUUCCAUCAAAUGGAAGGUGCCAGACUUUGGUCUAAAAACACAAAGGACUUAGAGAAACAACUAGAAAACGACAUUGCGGCAAUUCCCCCUACGGAAAUCAUUGUAGAGGAUCCGUUCAGAGAUGCUCCAUUCAACGUCGAGAACCCUAAACAAACUUACAUGUCGGACAACGAAGUUAGAUUGAUCUCCACGCACUUGAAGAAAACUCUAGAGUAUUUGGUCAAUUUGGUUUUCGAAGAGGCUAAGAAAUCAGCCAUCAAGGCUGGCUCAACCGAAGAGUACUUGAACGAGCCUUUAAAGGUGCGUUGGGUGGAGGCAUACUUUCCUUGGACGUCGCCAUCAUGGGAAAUUGAGGUUUGGUGGAAGGGCGAAUGGCUCGAAUGUUGUGGAUGUGGUUUAGUACAGCAACAAGUUUUGCUCAACUCAGGUCUUCCUGAGGAUAGAUUAGGAUGGGCGUUUGGUAUUGGUCUUGAUAGAAUCGCUAUGUUGCUCUUUGGCAUUCCUGACAUUCGUCUUUUCUGGUCCCGCGACGAGAGAUUCGGCAAGCAGUUCCUGGAGGGCCAGAUUUCAACCUUCCAACCUUUUUCUAAGUAUCCUGGAGUCAGAAGAGACGUGAGUUACUGGGUAAAUGGAGAUAAUGCUUUGCACACUAAUGACUUGAUGGAAAUCGUUCGUGCUCAUGGAGGAGACCUUAUUGAAAGCGUCGUUCUCAAGGACGAGUUUGAACAUCCAAAGACAGGCAAGAAAUCGCAAUGCUACAGUAUCCACUACCAGUCGAUGGAGAGAACCUUGACCAAUGCUGAAAUUAAUAAAAUCCACUCCAAUGUGGAGGGAGACCUUGUAAAUACAUUCCAAGUGGAGAUUCGCUAA